GCUAUUUUAAUGUAAAAUCCAAAUCUAGGAUACCGAUUUGUGACAGAUGUCUUUAUUUUUAUCCCAGAACUGUAUACACUAUUAUUGUAGCACUUUGCAUUGCUCUUUUCCAUGUUGAUCAGUUGGUGGCAGCAAGGAUCCUGCAACCUCUGGUGUGAAGCUGGAGCCCGGCAGCACAACUGUCACAUGGAUUAAAACGCUGAUAGUGGGUGGAAAACAAGUAUGAGCGUCCUCGAGUGUGUUUGUGCACGAGGGAGGGCAGAAAUUAAUUUGUAUCCACUGUUUUUAUUUCCUGUUAUGGGUGAAGGAAACGUGUUGUCUAUCAGUAUUUGUAUCCAUCUAAUGUUGUUUAUUAAUUUUCUGAUGUAUAGCUGGACUAGUAAUAUGUUAAGCUAUGAAAUGGUAAAUACCUGCAUUAAGCAUACUUGGAUACUCUCGUGAGGUUGGGUUCAUCAGGUUCAGCCACAGCCAAUCUGUUUCCUUUAUUUCUGAAUGUUUUGUGGGUGUGUGCGCCACUCCGCCUGGAUUCACGCAGUUUCUGUAUUCUCACGCGGCUGUAGCAUGGGUGGUUUAAAUGGGCGGAGCGUCGUGCAUUAUGCUAACCAAUGGCCGGCCGAGCCGGGAGGAGCCUGUUUUCUGUCAGCCAAUCACAGCAAUAAGCACUCGAGGCUGAGCCGCGUCUCCGCGUGCGGACACCAUGUGCACUGGAGAGCGCGUCUGUGUUCCUGAGACACAACGUGUAGUUGCCAUCUCCUCUCGCAUGAUGCUCACGUUUCCAGCGGAUUACCAGUGAAGUGAAAAAGUGUGCCCGCUCGCUUGGUAGGUUUCCCCCAAAAGGUAGCUCUCUGAGUGAUAAAACUCGACCGUUUGUUAGGUGAGAUCAGCAGUCUAUAUUACAGAUUAUAAACAUAUCUGUGAUGCUCUGUAAAACUGGCCACUCUCAAAAUGUUCUCGAUAAAUGCCACAUGUUAAUGCUGUUUCAUAGUGCCAAACGUAGGACAGCUGGGAAUGAAAUUAUCGACCAAUUUGUUUUUAAUCAGUGCCACCCACCCCCGAGGAGCGUGCCUGUCACGAGGGGGCGUGCCUCAUUAAUAUUAAAACUCCGUGCAAGUAGUGCCAUGUUCGCGCUUCUAGACUGGGAGGUGUGACGUCACGUGAGCGGCCCGUGUUCGUUCCAGCUGAGCGAAAAGCUCGGACGGCUCAAGCUCAAAGCGUGCGACAACACACAUGCAGAGAGAACUGAACAGAAGGGGGUGACCACAGAGGGAAAAAAGCGAUUGAGCGACUGCAUGGAAAAAAACGUCAACAUCCCACCAAUCGCGCUACGCAGCAGAAAUUGACUCAGCAACACUUCGUUUUGUUUUCAUUUGUCAUUUUCGAGGCGACGCAUUCAAGAGUUCCAGCAGUCAAGUUAUCAUUUGCGGUUUUGGAGUCAUUUAUUCUUCCUGUUUCUUCGCCUGAGUCGCUGUAUUUUGUUAAAUUAUUGUCUGUACGUUGCGCUUGGAGGUCGUUAUUCUGGACAUUUGUCUAUUUUUCUUCAAAAGUUCCGGCAGAACAUAAACUGUCAAGAAUUUCUGGGAAUACGAGGAAUGUAUAUUUCUGUCCAUUCGUCUAAUCUACCAUCAACUGCAAGCAGAAUGGCGCUCUUUGUUUAAAAAAAGGCUGUUUUCAAAUAAAGUAUCGAACCACGCAAGCAUCUAGCGGUCAAUCCGGCGGACGUUGGAUGAUGGCCAGGCCGCUUUCACAGCUCCUUCCCCCGGACCUUCCCUCUGCCGGAGCCAGUCCGCAGUUUGGCAACAGUAGCCAAGCAGGAGUCACACAUAACGGAGGACACUUAAACUCCACAGGAAACUUAAAAUCUCUCCUGCAGCUUCCAGUCAAAUGUGAUCAGCGCGUGAAAGACUGUGGUGAAAUGAAGGGUAAGGAAAGGUUAGAUAUCGAUGAGGACUCUCUCGGCCGUUGUCCUCUGCGCAACGGCUGCAGCAAUGGACUAGUCACUGACAGCAAUGGAGCAGGAACGGGCAGCUUCUCAAACAACAGCAACAAUAACAACUCCUUCCUGGGCCCGUUGCUAUGGGAACGAACAUUGCCCUGUGAUGGCGGGCUGUUUCAGUUGCAGUACAUGGAUCUCGAGGAGUUCCUGACGGAGAACGGGAUGAGCAGCAUGCACAAUACCUCCAACUCCACCUCGGCUCAGAUACCCUCGCAAAGCUCUCAGUCCGCCGUUCCCAACCAGGGCUCCCAGUGCCUCCCCACAUCACCACCACACUGCUCCUCUUCCUCGUCACCAACAUCCGCCACUGCCUCUUCACCUUCACUGCUCGGGCUGGACAUGCACACGCCCCAGAGCAUGAUGGGAUCUACAGACUGCUUGCAUGGCACUCCGCCAGGCAGCUUAGAGCCCACGCCUUCACCUUCCUCCACCACAUGUCCACCGCUCCCUACUCCACCCGCCACCAACUGCAAUGAGCUGCUGGCGCCAUUUGACCCCGAUCCAGCGGACGUGGCGCUAUCCAGUGUACCCGGACAGGAGGCCUUUGAUCCACGCCGACAUCACUUCUCUGAUGAGGACCUCAAACCUCAGCCCAUGAUUAAAAAGGCCCGUAAGAUGCUCGUCCCUGAAGACCUGAAGGAUGAGAAGUACUGGAGUCGGCGUUGUAAGAACAAUGAGGCAGCAAAACGCUCUCGCGACGCUCGCCGGCUGAAGGAGAACCAGAUCUCAGUGAGGGCCGCGUUCCUGGAGCGUGAAAACGCUGCUCUCAGACAGGAGGUGGCCGAUAUGCGCAAAGAGCUCGGCCGCUGCCGUAACAUCCUCAACAAAUACGAGAGCCACCAUCUGGAUCAGUAAAUGGAGAGGAGGAACAUGUGAUAAAUGCGAUGAUGGAUGGAGAACGCAAUGAAUGUCCUGUGAUAGACACAAGCUAAGAGACAGAGGAAAGUGCAUCGAUUAUAUUGAAAGAUGUAUGAAGACCGCACAAGCUCAAGUUGUAAACUGGAGAGAGAGAGAGAGAGAGAGAGAGAGCAUGUCACCUCUCUUAAUAGUUUUUCUUUUUCUUUCUUUAUUUCCAGUAAGGUACAAUGGUAAGAUUUUAAUUAUGGAGAGAAUUGUAUAUUUUUAUAUGAUAGAACGGGAAAAGGAAAUUUUUGAAAUUAAUUUUUUGUAUAUUUUCUAUAUCUUCGUGAGGGCUGUAAAGUACUGAUGGAACGGGUCGAGGUAUCACUGUAAUAUAAAAUCAGAUUUAUGUGGUAUUUUUGAAGCAAUCAACGCUUAAUCCCAAAGUAUACUUGAGUUUUUACACGUACGCACGGGUCUUUGUACAGUAACACAAAUUUUGUCAUCAUUCAGGACGGUGUACUGUACACACGACGCUCAAUUUUUGUAAGCACGCAUACAAUGUACGUGUCGCUAGCACAUGCUUUUGGAGCGUUUUUGUAAAAUUUUCCACAAGGCGUCAACACUGAACCAGCCACUGUAAAAAACGAUAGACUCUACGUGUGAGGUGUUUUUAUCGCUCGUAGAGAGAAAAGAUGCAGACAGUAGUUGACAAUGACUCCGUUUAGUGUGCCGUAUGUAGAACCUCUGUGCUAGUGCUCAAGUGGAUUAUACUCUGAACGAUUGACUGUGCUACAUGCUAACGUAUGCAUACAAAACAAAGUAUACUUGGGGCUUUCGCAGUUGAAGACUUUUUAUUGUCGUGAAGGAGAAGAGCGAGCAGCAGAAUUUUAACCUUUUAGAGAUUUAGAAAAGAUCUUUCUAGAGAACUUAAACUGUAAAAUACUGAGAAUAAGAUAUACAUUUAAAUUUGUAUAGAAAUGUUAAUAUAGAUUUAUUCGAAAGCACUUGUGAUAAACUUGUUCCUAAUAUUUUGGUAAAGGUGAACAAACAUUGAUGAUGGGACAUGAUUUGGGGGGAAAGCAGUUCAUCAGUUCACUGCUUAGGGGUGUGUGAUGUUUAUCAUUUACCAUACUUGGGCAGUUUUUUUAAUUGCUUGAGAGAUGACAUUAUCGGUAAUGCAGGAGUCCAAAGAGAAGAAAGAGCCUCAGGUUACGAAUACGAUAUGACACAAGCAAGACUUUAUAUUAUAAAAUACUUUAACAAGAAAUAUGAUUAUAUUAAGCUUCAUUUUAGACACACAGACUUCUAUUUGACUACUUUGUGGGCAAAAAUCUUGCAAAUUUUAAUUCCUAAAUGAAUCAGUUUUUGAACAAAUCAUCUGAGCCAAUGUUUCCAAAUGAAUCAGCCUUUUGAACAAAUCAAUUGAAUUAACAAUUGAAUCAGUCCCUCAAUGCACUUUUCAUCACACUGUGUGGUUAAUUAGUUCUAACUACAUUUGUUUUUAGGUCCUUGUUACUUAUUAAACUAAGUUAAUCAUCGUCUAACUUACAGUGCUCAGCAUAAUUAAGUACACCCCAUUUUGAAAAUGAAUAUUUUUAU